GAUAUCACUCAACACGUUUAACGCUAAAUCUGAAUCUCCACUGUUCGAUAUACAUUCAUCCUCUUCCUCUUUCUUCUACUCGCUACCACACUCUCAGAUCUCAGACAAGAAAAAAAAACUCUCUCUAACCAAAAUGGUGGAAGCUCAAUCAUGGACGACGCGGCGGAUGAGCAACCCGAGGUUCGACGCCGCCGCCACCACCACACCAACAGUCAUCGACAUCCCCGGAACACCUCCACACUCCUCCGCCUCCUCCAACGGAAAACCUUUCUUCCUCUCCUCGCCUACAGUAUCUCCCUCCGUCCUCACGGCGGCGAUAAUCGCCGCCUGGUUCGGCUCCAACAUAGGAGUCCUCCUCCUGAACAAGUACCUCCUCUUCUACUACGGCUUCCGCUACCCGAUCUUCUUGACCAUGACGCACAUGCUCUCCUGCGCCGCCUACAGCUCCGCCGUCAUCAACAUCGCCGGAAUCGUGCCGCGUCAGCACAUCCUCUCCCGGCGUCAGUUUUUGAAGAUUCUUGCUCUCUCGGCGAUCUUCUGCCUAUCCGUCGUGUGCGGCAACACUUCGCUCCGUUACAUCCCUGUUUCUUUUAAUCAAGCGAUCGGAGCCACCACGCCGUUCUUCACCGCCGUCUUCUCUUUCCUCAUUACCUGUAAAACAGAGUCCACUGAAGUGUACUUGGCUCUGCUUCCCGUCGUUUCCGGGAUAGUUCUCGCUUCUAACUCCGAGCCUUCGUUUCAUCUCUUUGGUUUCCUCAUUUGCGUCGCUUCCACCGCCGGUAGAGCUCUUAAAUCCGUCGUCCAGGGGAUUAUUCUGACUUCGGAAUCUGAGAAGCUACAUUCGAUGAAUCUUCUGCUCUACAUGGCUCCAAUGGCAGCUUGUAUCUUAUUACCAUUUACACUCUACAUUGAAGGAAACGUAUUAAGAAUCCUAAUCGAAAAGGCGAGGACCGAUCCAUUGAUCAUCUUCUUGCUCGCAGGGAAUGCGACAGUGGCAUAUUUAGUAAAUUUGACGAACUUCUUGGUGACUAAGCACACAAGUGCUCUCACCUUGCAGGUUUUAGGCAACGGAAAGGCUGCGGUGGCUGCCGGAGUCUCGGUUUUGAUAUUUAGGAAUCCGGUGACGGUGAUGGGUGUUGCCGGAUUUGGAGUCACGAUUAUGGGAGUGGUUCUCUAUAGCGAAGCUAGGAAGAGAUCCAAGUUGCUUAACCAGAAGUAAAAUGUGAAAGUGGGGAAAGAAACUGGAUUUAAACCGGUGAAGUAAUUUCUUAUUUUAUGGUAUUUUUCGGUUAAAGUAUCUUGAUUCUUUGAAAUUCUCCUAUUGUUUUGAACCGGUUUGAGAGGGGGAAAUGUAACUGUAAAUGGUUGGGAAAAUAUGAAAUUAAAAAGGGUAAUAUAUAUAACAAAAGUGGAGAAGUAGGGGGCAGAAUUAAAAGGAAAAAAAAAACAUUGUAUCUUUCUUUUAUUUUUCUUUAAAUUCUUCUCUUGUAUUA